CACUCACAUCUUCAAUCUUUCCCUCUACUGGCACCUUCCCCUCCCCUCUAAAGCAUGCGCACAUCACUCCCUAACUGCUAAAAACCAAUGGCCACUACUCUCCCAACCAAUACUCACCGUACUCAUCCCAACCAAUGGUCACUACACCGUACUCAUCCCAACCAAUGGCCACUACUCCGUACUCAUCAUCCAACCAAUGGCCUACACCUUACACCGUACUACUCCGUCACUCCAUCCACUACUCCUCAUCCCAACCAAUGGCCACUACUCCGUACUCAUCCCAACCAAUGGUCACUACACCGUACUCAUCCCAACCAAUGGCCACUACUCCGUACUCAUCCCAACCAUGGCCACUACUCCGUACUCAUCCCAACCAUGGCCACUACUCCGUAC